AUGUUUAGAUUGAUUAGAAUACAGUUUUUGCUUGAGGCAGUAGAAGAUAGUGGUUAGUUGUGGCUACCGCGUUGGUUGUUGUUACUUUGUAGGAGUACGCGAUACAAUGUGAUAACGUUUUACACCUGUGCAUCAUCAUGCAUGGAUUUUACAGACUCUGGUACGGCGUUUCCUGUGGUGGUGGGUCCGGUGGUGGUGAGAGGAGUGAAUGGCGGUGGUGAUCCAGGGCUAUUCCCAAUCGGGUAAUAAAAUGGCGCCGCUUCCACUGCAUAGAAUAAGUCGAGAGACACACUCAAAGAGAGUGUGGAAAUUUUUAUUGACCCACAUAUACUCUGGUCCACCAGUUACUGAAGAAGACCAGAAACACCAGAGGUUGUUUGCUUAGCCACUUUAGGGAAGACGCUUCUGAGCAAAGCAUGUUUGAAAUCGAGGAAUAUUUCUCAAUUCAAAUCUUUUUCAUCAUACUACGAGAGACGCUAGAAACAGCAAUCAUCAUCUCGGUACUUUUGUCAUUUAUAAAUCAGCGAUCUCAUAAACACGAUGAUAACAGUCAAGGUGAAGAAGAUUCGUCCGCACAACGUGACGCGUCGGAUCUACGGCCUACAGCGUCCAGUGCUUCCAAGAUGUCGAACCUAGCAAACGUGCAGCGGAAACUCAAGCUUCAAGUCUGGGUGGGUGCCAUCAUGGGACUCGUGAUUUGUUUCAUCAUUGGCUUGAUUUUCAUUCUUGCAUUUUACAUAAUUGGCAAAGACUACUGGUCGUACACGGAACGGGUCUGGGAAGGCGUCUUUUCCAUUGCCUCGAGUGUAAUCAUCACCGUUAUGGGGUUGGGACUCUUGCGCAUCAACAAAGUGAUGAAGUUGAAAUGGUGGAUCAAAUUGGGCGACGCCUACAAUGACCAACAGCAGGACUUGGACGAAGAGGGAGAGCUGGAGAUUGCCAAGUGGGGUGACUCAGAAAGCGAAAUCACGAGAGAAGGCGUCGAGGACGUCGAUGGUGCCAGUGAGGAGCUGAGAAACUAUGGCGGCACAAGGGUGAGCUCCGAGUCUGAGAGCGCACCCUUGGCUCCCAGCGCGAGGAAAUCUUCAACUUUAUCAUCUGCCGAUGCUCAUCGUCACCAUCGUCACCAUCAGAAAAGAAAAGGUGGCUUGAGCAAGAAAUAUUUCUUGGCGAUCUUGCCCUUGAUAACCACCCUCCGUGAGGGACUCGAGGCCGUGGUGUUCAUUGGAGGAAUCGGCAUGUCGCAACCACUCACAUCGAUCCCGCUCUCGAUUUCAUGCGGCAUCGCAGUAGGGUCGCUGAUUGGAUUUCUCCUAUACAAGGGAGGCAACAAGCUUUCGCUCCAGUAUUUCCUCAUUUUUUCAACGUGCUUCCUUUACAUUGUGUCAGCGGGGCUCAUGUCACGUGGAGUCUGGUUCCUCGAGUUGGAAUCCUACGUGAGAGCAUGCGGCGGAUUUGACCCUAGCGAGACGGGAAGCGGACCCGGCUCGUAUGAUGUCGCGAAAAGCGUAUGGCAUGUCAAUUGUUGUAACGGGUUAACCGAUGGAUGGUGGAUGGUGCUUAAUGCCAUCUUUGGAUGGACCAACUCAGCAACUUACGGUAGUGUCACUACUUACUUUACCUAUUGGCUCUUGGUUAUCAUAUGGUUGAAAGUCAAGUUGUAUGAAGAAAGACACGGCGUUUUGCCCUUUGUGCCUACUAAAUGGCAGAUUAAGAGGAUCAGGAAAAAAAUCAGAUUGUAUGAGUUGAGAAAUAAUCAAAAUUUGGAGAGUUUGGGUGAUAGGGAACGUGAGCUCAACGUUGAAAGUGUCGAAGCCCAGGCUGAGGCACAGGGACUAUUGGAGUGA